CGGCAGCGCGCGGGCCCCGCGGCCGCCUUUAUAAGCUCGCGGGGGUGGUGGCCGGGCAGCAUCGUGCGCCCGCUUCACGCCCUCGGACCCAGCGCGCUCACCGCGCGUCACUCGUGCCAGGACAGACCCCAACCCAGGGACUCUGCGCAGGAUCGGAACAUCAGCUAACAUCAGCUAACGGCUGACCACUGCCAGCCCACCCCUCCCACCCGCGUGGAUUGUACGUCUGGGCUCCAGAGAGAGAGCGGGGCUUGGAGCGCAUCAUGAUUUCACCAUUCUUGGUGCUGGCCAUUGGCACCUGCCUUACCACCUCCUUAGUGCCAGAGAAAGAGAAAGACCCCAAGUACUGGAGAGACCAAGCUCAGCAGACCCUGAAAAACGCCCUGAGCCUUCAGAAUCUCAAUACCAACGUGGCUAAGAAUACCAUCAUGUUCCUGGGAGACGGGAUGGGCGUCUCCACGGUGACGGCCGCCCGCAUCCUCAAGGGCCAGCUGCACCACAACACCGGAGAGGAGACCAGGCUGGAGAUGGACAAGUUCCCGCACGUGGCCCUCUCCAAGACAUACAACACCAACGCUCAGGUCCCUGACAGCGCGGGCACCGCCACUGCCUACUUGUGUGGGGUGAAGGCCAAUGAGGGCACCGUGGGGGUGAGCGCGGCCACCCAGCGCUCCCACUGCAACACCACUCAGGGGAACGAGGUCACCUCCAUCCUGCGCUGGGCCAAGGACGCCGGGAAAUCCGUGGGCAUCGUGACCACCACGCGAGUGAACCACGCCACCCCCAGUGCCACCUACGCCCACUCCGCCGACCGGGACUGGUACUCGGACAACGAGAUGCCCCCAGAGGCCCUGAGCCAGGGCUGCAAGGACAUUGCCUACCAGCUCAUGCACAACAUCAGGGACAUCGAGGUGAUCAUGGGGGGUGGCCGGAAGUACAUGUUCCCCAAGAAUAGAACCGACGUGGAGUAUGAGCUAGACGAGAAGGCCAGGGGCACGAGGCUGGACGGCCUGAACCUCAUCGACAUCUGGAAGAGCUUCAAACCCAGACAUAAGCACUCUCACUACGUCUGGAACCGCACCGAACUCCUGGCCCUCAACCCCAACACCGUGGACUACCUCUUAGGCCUCUUUGAGCCGGGGGACAUGCAGUACGAGCUGAACAGGAACAACGUGACGGACCCUUCCCUCUCCGAGAUGGUGGAGGUUGCCAUCAAGAUCCUGAGCAAGAACCCCAAAGGCUUCUUCUUGCUGGUGGAAGGAGGCAGGAUUGACCACGGGCACCACGAGGGCAAGGCCAAGCAGGCGUUACACGAGGCAGUGGAGAUGGACCAGGCGAUCGGGCUGGCCGGCACCAUGACCUCCCUGGAUGACACACUGACCGUCGUCACUGCUGACCACUCCCACGUGUUCACCUUUGGCGGGUACACCCCCCGGGGCAACUCUAUCUUUGGUCUGGCCCCCAUGUUGAGCGACACGGACAAGAAGCCCUUUACUUCUAUCCUGUAUGGCAACGGGCCCGGCUACAAGGUGGUGGGCGGUGAGCGAGAGAAUGUCUCCAUGGUGGACUACGCUCACAACAACUACCAGGCGCAGUCCGCUGUGCCCCUGCGCCACGAGACCCACGGCGGGGAGGACGUGGCGGUCUUCGCCAAGGGCCCCAUGGCACACCUGCUGCACGGCGUCCAUGAGCAGAACUACAUCCCCCACGUGAUGGCGUAUGCGGCCUGCAUCGGUGCCAACCGCGACCACUGUGCCUCAGCCAGCUCCUCAGGCAGCCCCUCCCCAGGCCCCCUGGUGCUCCUGCUGGCCCUGCUCCCGCUGGGCAUCCUGUUCUGAGGGCCCAGGGCCGGGGCACCCACUAGCCCAUGACAGAUGGCCAGCCUCCCUCUCCCAGCGCUGCACACCGCCUGCAGCCCACACCUCAAGGGGCAGGGAGGUGGGGCACCCACAGCCUCUGCAGCUGCCAGGAAGGGGACCCAGGAAACCAAAGUCCGCUGCCCGCCUCGCUCCCCUCCGGAUCCUCCUCUGGGCCCAGACCAGUGCCCAGCCGCCUGCCCCCACCCCCAUCCCCACCCCCACCCCGCGGCCCCUUUGGCCAACAGGCCAGGUUUCUCUUGGGCAGGCAGAGAACACAGACUGCAGAAAUCCUCAAAGCAUCUUAUUUUUCUAGCAAACAUAUUUCUCCAGCUCCGGAGGCUCUGGAGCGUCCAUGGAACAUUCCAGAUCUGACCCUCCCACUCCCCUCUCCUUCCGUCUGGAACCUACCAGGGCCCUCCAUGCUCAUGUCCCCACCUGAAGGGGAGACCAAGCCUUCUCUUCAGGAUGGGGGUUUGCUCACUCACUCAUCCCAGGCCUCCCAGGGCUCCCAGCAAGCCAGCUCCUCUGACGGCUGUCCCGCCCCAGGUGGCCUGGGCUGGGAAGAGCAGCCUGGCGGGCAGACACUUCCCAGCUACACACACACACACAGACACACACACACACACACACACACACACACACACACGCACGCCAGCUCCUCCCUGAAGUGACUCUCCUGUUUGGAACGGCAAGAAACUUUUUCUCUUUUUGGUGUUGGUUAAAAGGGAACACAAGACAUUUAAAUAAAAAUUUCCAAAUAUU